AUGUCCCGUCAGAGAUACACACCCGAAGACGUCCUCGAGCUCGAAGCACCCACCGACUCCUUCCUGUGCCCGCUGAGCGCCAACAAGUAUGGCAUCGAGUUCCUGCACUUCUCCAUCUCGGACUUCGAGUCCAAGCGCAAGAUCUUCGAGAUCGGCAAGGACCGGCCGGGCAAGGCCGUGCCCAAGAUGGACAUCUCGCACGCGCGCGGCGAAGGCGCGUACCGCACGAUCCGCUACGAGUUCUCGGAGGACGUGCUGCGACUGCCGGCCAUCGCCACGGAGCUCGAGUUCUCCGUGGGCCCGCACGAGGUGCAUAACCUGCGCAUGAUCGAGCGCCACUACUUCUGCGACGACAUCGUCAAGAGCUACGACUUCAACUUCGGCUUCUGCAUCCCGUCCAGCGUGAACACGUGGGAGGCCAUCUACGCCAUGCCGCCGCUGGACGACGAGCUCAUCAGCGACAUGGUGGCGCAGCCCUACGCCACGGUCUCCGACAGCUUCUACUUCGUAGGCGACGAGCUCAUCAUGCACAACAAGGCCGAGUACAAGUACAUCCCAGAGGACAGGGCGCAGGCCAAGAAGUCCUACUAUAACAGCGACGACGAGGACGACGCCAAGAGCGGCGCAAAGGGCGGCGCCAGUCGCGCGGACGAAAAGGGAUCCGGCGCCAAGGGCUCCGGGGGCGCCAAGUGGUCCAAGGAGGACGAUUACGACUAA